AGCUCUAAUUAGCUUAUAUCAAAACAAGCACCAAUUAAAGCUGUGAACAAUAAAGCAAACCCAAAAUCCUUUCCUUUCUUUGACUUAAUCCAAUUUCUUCAGUUAUUAACGGUCAUAUUUUGGAAAAAUCAUAAUCCCCAUUGUUACCAAUCUGUGAACCGUUAUGGAAUUAGCAUUUGCUGCUUCAGUGUAUCCAGGAAAUGGGAAGAGAGCUAUCCAUGAGAUAAAGACAAAACCUCUCCGUUCAAAACUCGUUACCACCAAGAAACGGUCUUUUCACAACAAGUUUCUAUGUUCAGUUGCUGUUGCUCCUGACGGGAAUCGGGUGUCUGAGGUUGAGUUAGAGAAUAAAAAACAUGAUCUUCUCCGGGCUGUUCAAGAGACACAACGGGGGCUUAUCGCAACUGCUGAUCAACGCUCAAUUAUUGAGGAGGCUCUGGUCAGCGUUGAGGGAUACAACAUGGGUGCACCAAUUGACCUGGUAGUGCUGGAUGGAACAUGGCGCCUGCAAUACACGUCGGCCCUUGAUGUUCUCAUUCUUCUGGAAGCUGCUGCAAGGCUUCCCUUUUUUCAGGUUGGUCAGAUCUUCCAGAAAUUUGAAUGCCGGGAUCGGUUCGGUGGAGGUGUCAUCCGAAAUGUUGUUCGGUGGAGUAUUCCAAAUUUGUUAGAGGAGCAACAAGGUGCCACUCUGGUUGUUUCUGCUAAGUUUGAUGUUGUUUCUGUGCGGAACAUCUAUCUUCAGUUUGAAGAGAUAAAAGUUCAAGAUAUAAACAUCAGUGAACAGCUGCAGGCUCUAAUUGCUCCAGCACUCCUUCCAAGGUCAUUUUUAAGUCUACAGAUUUUGCAGUUUCUCCGAACAUUCAGAGCUCAAGUUCCUGUAAGAAACCCAGGGACUGGAAGGAGAUCAGUGGGAGGACUUUAUUACCUUUCAUACCUGGACAGGAAUAUGCUCUUGGGCAGAGCCGUUGGAGGUGGAGGAGUCUUUGUGUUUACCAAAGCUCAACCCCUUGAGCUCUAACAAGUUGAAUUUGUGUCUCAAUUAGUAGAACCUCCAUAUUGCAAGUUCAGAAAUUGGAAAGACGGGAAACAUUCAAACAAGUUAUCAUUACUCAAGAAAUCCAAAGAAUCGAAGCAUAACUACAAACUGCAAUGCCUUCUCCAGAAGUGAUGGAAAUUUCCUGCUGCCUAAUAGUUUUCUGACCUUUUUCUACUUUCAUGUAUAAAGGACAGAGUAAUGCCGAUGCAUGUAUAAAGGAUAGACAGAGAGAGAAACAAAGGACAGAAAACUUUUGGUUUUCUUGCCUUGAGUUUUUUCUUUUAAUACACAUUAUUAUAUUUGAAAAAAGAUUGCAUAUACAUUCCUCAUUUUGUGGAAAA